AUGGAAGAUAAGGAGAUAAAUAAUGAGAAUAACAACAAAAAAGAAGUUAAUAAAGAUGAUGAUAACAUGCAAAAAGAAGACGAAAUAACAAAAAAAAAAACAGAAAAUUCAGAAGAAAACGAUCUUUCACUUGCAAAAAAUGUUUCCUUAGGAAAGCAUUUGUUGAUUGGAAAUGCUGUAAAAAAAGGAAUAAGUGUUAGUGUGAGAGGAAGAGCAUCAAAUGGUGGACUAAAUUCAAAACAAGCGGGUUCAGCAUGGAAGAAAAAAGAUGAUAAAACUGGGGAUAGUCAAGGAGAAGAAAAAGAAAAAAAAAUUGAUGAUGAAUCAUUUCCAGAUUUAUUAGAAUCGACUGAAAAAAUAAAAGCAGAAUUAGUAAAAGAAAAAGAUAAAAAGAAAAAACAAAUUAAAGAUUUUAAAAAAGGAGAAGAAAAUAUGAUGAAUAAUACAUUCGAAAGUUUAGACAAAAGUAAAUUAAGUGAUGGUAUAUUUGAUAGGCAAAAAAAAAUGGGAAUGAAUAUGUUUGAUGGAUUUAAAAAAAAUGAUAAUAAUCCAAAAAGAUGGAAUGAUUAUCAAACAAAUGAUAUGGAUAAAAAUAGUAUUAAUAAUAUGAAUGAUAAUGAAACAAUUACUGGAUAUAUACUUCCUGGUUUUAAGGGAAAACAUAUGGUAGGUUUUAAAUGCUUUUUAAAGAGAGGUAUGCAAAAUCCACCACCACCACCCCCAUCUGUAGUAUAUGAAGAAGUCUCUUAUUUUAAUAAUAUAGAAAAAACUGGCAUCCAAAAAAAAUUUAUGAAAUUAAAUAAUCAACCAGGCCAGCAAAUGGGCCAGCAAAUGGGCCAGCAAAUGGGUCAGCAAAUGGGCCAGCAAAUGGGUCAGCAAAUGAGUCAGCAAAUGGGUCAACAGCUGAACCAACAAAUGAACCAACAAAUGAACAAUUCAACUAUAAAUAAUAUGAUGAAUAUGCAUAUGGGCUAUCCAAUGAAUAUGCAAAUGAAUUCUGGCCAACAACGAAAUAGUCCUAGUAAUAUAUUGAGUAAUAAUGAAGGAGAAGGUUUAAAUCGAAAUAACAAUAAUAUGAAUAUGAAUAUGAAUAGCAAAUUUUUGAAUGAGCCUCAACAUAAUAAUCAAAACCGAUUUAACAAUAAUAUAUUUAAAAAUAAUAAUAAUAAUAAUAAUUUUAAUAGAAAUUCCAAUUUUUUUCAAAAUAAGGGGGAUGAUAAUAAUGUAGGUAAUGGAAAAAUGAUAAAUUCUGGAGGAGGUAUGCAAGGAAAUAAUUUAAAUUAUAUGAAAAGAAACGAUAAAAAAGAUGAAAGAGGUUUUAAAAAAAAAGAUAUUGAUGCUGAAGGAAAUUGGAGGAAUACUGGAGUUCCUAAUAGAAAUGAUAUAAAUGAUAAAAAUAAUAUAAAUUUAAUAAAUAAUAACAAUAAUGGAAAUAAUAGAAUGAUGAGAAAUUUCGGAAAUGGUAAUAUGCCUGGAAAUAAUAAAAACAUGUUUAAUAAAAAUAAUGAAGAUCAAAAAAAUAAAAUGUAUAAAAAUAACAUGACAAAUCAAAUGACUAACAAUAUUGGAGGAGGAGGUCACGAUUCAUUUAAUUACGGUUCUCACAAUUUUUCUAACAAUAAUAAUAAUAAUAUAAAUAACGAAAAUAUGAAUGAUAAUAAGUUUGAUUAUAAUAAAAAUGCGUUUAAUAAUUUAAAUGCAAACAACAAAAAUAUGAAUUCGCUGGAUUCAAGAAAGGCUAGAAUGAGAGAUGUGAGAAAUAUUAAUGGCAAAAAUAAUAUUAAUGAUAGUUAA